AUGGCAGCCCAUGAAAGACACUACGUAGCUUUAAUGGCCGCAAGUCGACAUCGUUGUCAUUAUUUGAUGAAUUUACAUAAACGAGAAUUUUUGCGGCUCGGCGGUAACAGGGAGUGGUUAAAAGGUCUUGGUUAUGUACCACUGAAAAUUAGUAGCAUGGAUACGCUGAAUGGAAUACUUGCUCAUCAACCGUGGUCUAUAACCAGUGAUCAUUUAGUGGCAUUAACGAAGUGUCAAUCGCCAGCCAAUUGGUCAUUAUCUGAAUUAGUACAGGCUACAAUCGUUCUUGCACAGACACACGUCCUUUGCUCGUUUAUUCUUGGCAACGGCGGUAUUGAGCAUAACGCCAAUGUUUAUGGCUCAUUAGCGUCGAUUCGUUCCAAAAAUGAGAAGGAGAAUGGUCAAGAGGGUGAGGUAGAGUUAUUACUGAAGCGUAUGAGUGAGCUGAAAGGAAACAGAUCAUGUGAACAUGAACUGAAUAUGAGUGAACCACAACGACAAAGGCAUUUCCUUGAGGUGCAUGCAGCUGACAACAUCGCUGAUACGGAUAAACCUUGUGGUACGAUGAAUGUUGAAACAAACAAGGAAAGUAGUCUUGAUGAAAGCGCAUGUUUAUAUGCAAGGGAUUUGCGGUUCAGUUAUGUUGAUUUCGCACUGUGUGCGCGCAAUGAUACAGCAAGGACUCAUAAAAUUCAUGAUCUUUCAUGGGAGGAUCAAGGUUACAGUUGUGUGGAUGAGUUCUAUAACGAGAUGGCUGAUAUUCUCGAUAAGAAGUUUACGCUAACACAAAAUCUUACAUAUUUCACGUUAGUGAUUUUGCGUCUUGCAAUUCUGCGGAUCAGUGAUGUUCAUUUAGGUUAUCGCUACUUGUUAAUUUCAGCAUGGGUGGCUACAGUGAUGUUGAUACGAGCAAAUACCGUACGGCUAUAUGGAUGUAUAUUCAGUCUUUAUAUGAACUUGUUUGCUGAGAGGUUAAUGCUGUUAAAAUUUUCUGUCUUAGGUAUCAGACAUGAUGAUUAUAAUUAUGCUGAAGUGAAUGUGAUGCUGAGUCGAGAAAUGAAAACCUUCAUCAAGACUAUCUGCUGCUUUCCAGAUAAGACCACCGCGUCUCUUCGUCAAUCUGUCAUGGUUGAUUUUCAGCCUUCUGAAAAGGUGCACGUCAUAUUGAUGAUUAUGGAAUCGCGUCUUCAAGCUGAACUCAUUUAUCUGUUUCGAGCUAUUUUACGACUCUCUACCUCCUUUUCGUAA